AACCCGCUCACAUCAUGAACUAACAUGCGCUUUCAUCUCUCUCUCUCUCUCUCUCUCUCUCUCUGGGUCGCAUAGUCUAAAUGCUUUAUUAUAUUAGCGAAGACGAAGAACUGGAGCACUACAACAAAAACCAAAAGACUAUAAGAGAGAGAGAGAGACUCAUGAGCGUACUCAAUUUUUUUCUUUUCUUCUAAGUAUCUGAUCUGCUUGUCUCUAUCCCUCUCGCACUUUCCUUUGCUCAUCUUUUUUGUUUACGUCCAGACUAUGUAGAUUGUUUUAUAUAAUCUUUUGAAACUAUCUUGGUUUCAGUUGGAAUAUUAGUUUAACACAAGUCGGUUCUUGUCCAUCUGUGACGUUUUCUUGGAUGACGCUUCAACCUCGAAACGUUGUCGUUUCUUUCUCCUUCUUCUGAGAGCUAGCUUUUGUUUGUUUUCUUUCGCUCUGUUCGAGAUUUAAAAGAAACUCAAAAAUAUGCACCUGCCAUUUCUGUUUCUUGGUCUCACUGCCUCAAAGUUUCCACUUUCCCGCUCUCUGUAAAAUGGUGUAUUAAUUGUGUUGCACUGUUUUCUGGAAAAAAAGUAAAAGAAGAUGAAUACCAGAGUGCGGACCGCUCUUCAGGCAAUGAAAGCUCCUUUGAACCUUGAUAAAGAGAAGAUGGAGACUCAAGGGCGCAAAGUAAGGGGUGCCGAGAAACCUGUGACUAAUCGACGGAGAUCAAAUAGAGAGAGAAAAAUGGCGUUACUUCAAGAUGUUGAUAAGCUAAAGAAGAAGCUCAGGCAUGAAGAGAAUGUUCACAGAGCAUUGGAGAGGGCUUUUACGAGACCUUUAGGAGCUCUACCUCGUCUUCCUCCUUAUCUUCCCCCAUAUACAUUAGAGCUUCUCGCCGAAGUAGCUGUUCUAGAAGAGGAGGUUGUUCGUCUAGAAGAGCAAGUUGUGAAUUUUAGACAAGGUCUCUAUCAGGAAGCUGUAUACAUAUCCUCCAAGAAGAAUGUCGAGAAUUCGAGUGAUGCAAUCGACCGUAACUCCGUUAAAAGCUCCAGCACCAAACAUCAGCGAUCGAAGUCUUCGCCCCAAAAUGAGCUCCAUUCAGCAACAUCUACGGCCCGGCCUCAACCUUGUCUUGCCAGAAGCACAAGUAGAAAGCUAUCAUCCCCAGAUACCUUCCCUGAUCGAGCUGCUAAUUGUUCCAGUGUGCCAGUGAUGGAGAAACAAACUCUUAAGAAACGCAACUCCCCUCCAUCUUUUCCAGAAGAUCGACAAGGAAAAGAGAAUUUGUUGUGUUCUAAUUCUGUGAAGGACAAACAAUCUCCAGAAAAGAAAUACGCAAAAGUUGUAGCCUCUAUGAAGAGAGCUCCAAUCAAGCAUGAAUCAAUGGAGAAGUGUGCGGAUCCUUUUCGGUCAAAGCUAGAGAGCAGAUUAGUAGAGGAGAGAGCAGAGGAGAGUUCCUCUGGUUCUUCAGGGGAUAGAGUAUUGGAAGCUGAUAGCACUCCGAACAAAGUAUCUGAGGAUAUAGUAAAGUGCUUGUCUGGCAUUUUUGCAAGGAUGAGCACGUUGAAAGACAAAGUAGCAGAAUUAGGGGCUUUUCAAUCAGUUGCUUCUCAUGCAAGCAACAGAGAAACAGAGUUUAGAGAUCCUUAUGAUAUCUGUCCAGAAUACAGAAACAGAGAUAUUGGUCCUUAUAAGCAUCUCUGUUCAAUUGAAGCGAGUUCAAUUGAUCUCAAUCGGACAACAAAUGCUUUGUUUCUGAUCCAUAGACUAAAGUUGCUAUUCGGAAAGCUUGCCACUGUGAACUUGGAGGGUCUUACUCAGCAGCAGAAGCUUGCAUUCUGGAUUAAUAGUUACAACUCCUGUAUGAUGAAUGCAUUUUUAGAGCAUGGGAUACCCAAUACCCCCGAAAUGGUUGUAGCACUGAUGCAGAAGUGCUUGCCUCAGGCGACAAUAGUUGUGGGGGGACACUUGCUGAAUGCAAUAACAAUUGAACACUUCAUCUUGAGACUGCCUUAUCACUUGAAAUUUACAUGUGCAAAAACUGCAAAAAACGAUGAGAUGAAAGCACGAAGCGUAUUUGGAUUAGAAUGGUCUGAACCCUUGGUUACAUUUGCGCUCUCCUGUGGAAGCUGGUCCUCCCCUGCUGUGAGGGUGUACACAGCAUCUCAAGUUGAAGAAGAGUUGGAAGUAGCAAAGAGGGACUACUUGCAGGCAGCAGUUGGCUUUACCAAGACAAGCAAAUUGAUUAUCCCCAAGCUACUAGAUUGGUAUCAACUUGACUUUGCUAAGGACUUGGAAUCAUUGCUAGAUUGGGUCUGUUUGCAAUUACCUGAUGAACUUCGCAGUGAAGCAGUUAAAUGCCUUGAGAGAAGGGGAAGUGAACCCCUCUCACAAUUAGUGCAAGUAAUGCCGUAUGAUUUCAGUUUCAGGUUACUUCUACACCGAUAAGUUUUUUUUCUCCUUUUUUUUUUUUUUUUUUUUUGGUUUUGAGAAUGCUUGGUUCACAAAGAGAUCUCACAAAAAUAAAAUUCACAGACUGAUGUGACAACAUGACCGCAUUAGGUUGUGAGCUUUACUCUUAUGAGAUCUCUUUGUAAAACGUUCCUGGAGUCUGUUUGGUUUCACUAAUUUUGGACGUGGUGGGGUUGUGUAUUGAUAGACACAAGUGAAAGUACAUAUAUAUGGCGUAGCAUUUGUAAGUGUGGGCAAAAUACCAUUACUAUGAACAAAUGGGUUUAGGGUGAGUUGAUUGAUUCAUUAUUUUGGGGAAGAGUACAUGAA